UUUUACAUUGUCAACAUAAAAUCAAUCUAAUUAAUGUGAAAAAUUGCUAACUAAAUUAACUAAAGAUACAUAGCUGCCUUAAUGCAAUUCAUAUAAGUAUAGAGUUGACGAUUAAUUUGUACAUUAUAUUGGUUAGGUAUUUGAAACAAACUCACCUAUUACCAUUUUUGAAUAUGUGUAUUUUAUAAAACUGAUUUCUAUAAAUUCCCAAAUUUCAAUUAUGCUUGUUCAUAUUUUUCAUAUUUUUCAGUACAAAUCAAGAUGGUCAUAGUUUUUGGACUUCAAAUUCUGUAAUGGACAGUGACUGUGACGGUAUUGUAAUACCAGGAGGAUCUGAAAAUUUACGCACGCGAGUGAUYGAAUUUACUGGUAAAUUCGAAAGAGUUGAUAGACAGUGUAGAGCCCCAUUGCCAAGUGGUAGAUUAUGCCCUAGAGAAGACCGUUUUAAGUGUCCAUUUCAUGGGCGAAUUGUACCGAGAGAUGAGCUUGGUCAAGUUGUUGAUGCGGAAGACAAAAAAAUUUUGGAAAAAGAAAAAAAACAGAAUGUACCUGAUUGGCAAGAUCCACAACUGCUUAGAGAUAUACAGAGUCAAACUGGGGUUGAUCUUACAAUGCCUAAAAAAGGAAGUAGAAAGAGUMGAAAACAAAGGUCAAAUUUGACAAAUUUAAAAAAAGAACAGGAUACUCCACGGGCCCGGCUGGAAAAAAAAGUGUUCAAAAAAUCAUCUGUGAAGAAAGUUGCUAAAAUUUUAGAUGGUAUGGAUCAAAGGAAAUUUCGAGACAAAUUCGGAGAUCAAUUCAAUUAUGUCCAUGAUACAGCUUAAUGUAUCUUAUUCUUUCCUGUGUUUUUUUUCAACCAUUUAAUAUUAUAAUUCAUUAGCUAUAAUUGAAAAUCAAGUGUAAUUGAAUUAUAUGAAGAAAUGUUUACCUAUUGUUUUAAUAUUAUUUAUUUUUUUAUAUACAUAUUUUUUUAUUCAUUAUAGAUAUAAGCAAA